UGAUAUCGAACAGCAUCAUGGCCGUCAAUAAGAAGAGAUAUCGGCUUCUUGAAAUAUAUUUUAGUUUUCUGUUAUUUGGUGUUUUUAUGAUAUGUGAAAGUGCUAAGCUGCCACCAACAUUAGACCAGGUUACUCAAUGGAGUAUAGAACUAGGAAAUGAUUUAGAUAAAAUGCUAAAUAUGAUUUCUGCAUUACAAAUUGUUGAUUUAAAUUAUCAGAAGGCUGCAGAUUUAAAGAAUCAAGGUAAAGAUGUCCAUGUGAGCUUUGAACGUGUCCAUAGCCGAACUAUUGUAACAGAUUUAUCAGCUGCCCUAUCUGUGAUGCUUGGUAAAAAGAUGGAAGCUUUAAAGAGAUCUGUUGAUGUAGCGGAAGCAGCAGCUGCCAAUCAUACCUGGAAUCAAACAUUAGAGAAAAAAGAUGUAGCAUAUUUUAAUUCUAAUGAUAUGCCCGAAGCUCUUUUAUCUUAUGAUGAUCGAUUUCAACAACAUGUUAGUUUUAAUAUUUCAAGUGUUCACAUUCCUGUAGAAAUCUACGAUGGAGACAUACAGAUAUUGAAUGGUUUGAAGUGGUCUGCAGCCCUAGAUGACGUGUUCAGACAGAAUUAUGAAGAGGAUUCAGAAAUACUAUGGCAGUAUUUCGGAAGUCAAACAGGUUUUAUGAGAACACUACCAGCAAGUAAAUGGAUUAAACACGGCCCUGUUGAUUUAUAUGAUGUACGAAGACAAUCAUGGUACACCCAAGGUUCAAGUUCUCCAAAAGAUAUGAUGAUAUUAAUAGACACGAGUGGUAGUACACAUGGUCAAGCUUUACAAUUAAUGAAAGUAGCUGUUAAAUCAAUCUUAGAUACAUUAGGAGAAAAUGAUUUUGUUAAUAUUGCAUCUUUUUCUCAGGAAGUAUCGUUUGUUGGUCAUUGCUUCAAUCAUUCAAGUUUUGUUCAGGCUAAUUACAGAAAUAAGAAAAAAUUAGCAAGAGAUGUGGACCAGUUGAAAGCUCAUGGAAUGGCAGACUUUAAAGUUGGAUUAAGAUUUGCCUUUGAACAGUUUGAAUUGUUUGAGAAGAAUAAUUCCAAGUCUGGUAUAGGAGCUACAUGUAAUAAAGUUAUUAUGCUGUUAACGGAUGGUGGAACAGAUAAUGCUGAAGAAAUAUUUAAAGAAUAUAACUGGUCCAAUAACAAGUCUGUGAAAGCUGAUGUAAGAGUAUUUACUUAUGCUGUAGGACCUACUGCUAAUCCUACUAAUGCUAUCAGAUGGAUGGCUUGUGCCAAUAGGGGUUAUUUCUCUCAGAUACCAGCAAUGGGGGCAAUACGAGCUAGAGUUCAGGGUUAUACAAAGUAUCUCGCUGAAAGUUAUCAAUAUGCUGAUGUGCGUGAAAUGACAACCCAAAUAACUCGAGAUCCACAUGGUUUGGGAAUGAUGACUACAGUAACAUUACCAGUAUAUAACAGAACAGCUGGUUCGUCAAAUCAGACAAUUUUAGGAGUAAUGGGUAUUGAUGUUACAACUGGUGAUUUAGAAGCUAAAGCUCCAAAAAGCCAGCUUGGACCUAAUGGAUAUGCUUUUGCUAUCAAUCCCAAUGGUUAUGUAAUUUUUCAUCCAAACCUGAAGCCUAGUGAAACUUAUCUAGAUGAUCCACCAGAUGUUGAUCUAUUAGAAGUUGAAAUCAAUAAUCCUGAUAAACACAAAUUGAGGAAUUUUAUGAUAGAUGGUAAUGAUAAUUCUAUGAAUAUAGAUACACUGGUUUUAUCGCCUAGUUUGAAAUAUGUGAGCAGAGCCAAUACAACCUAUGCCUUUACAUCAAUAAAAAAUACAUCAUUUAGUUUAGGUGUUUCCAUUCCAACAUACCAGGCAUCCUAUCCUAAGUUUUUAGGCGAUAUUCUGAUGUUUAAUCAUUCUGUAUUUAAGUCAAGUUCCUAUGUAAGAAUGAUAGCACCAUGGGAUUAUUGUGAGAAUAUGAGUAGAUUUGAUGGAUUGAGUGGUACUAUUGAUGAUAUUAUUCAGUUAUUAAAAGAAAGAUCUGCUAAUGAUUCAUGUUGGAAUAAAGAACUAUUGUUUCAGUUAUAUUGGGAUCUUAAAGUUAUGAACAGUUUAGAGAAAUAUUAUACAAUGUUAGAAUCAGAGGGUAAAUUAGAUGGAUUAAUUAUUGCUUUCGUGGCUACUAAUGGUGGAUUAACACAGAUAUACCAACACAGUGAAAAUCAGACAAUGGAAGAAUAUAGAGAUACAUGGAAGGCUGAUUAUUAUAAACGAACAUUAAAUACAGAUAAAUAUAUGUUUGUACCACCAGAACCUAUUGAUUUAUCUAAAAAUGAGAGUGGUAUACCACAGAUAAUGGUCAGUCAUUCUAUUAAUAUUAAAGAUGGUACAAUGUCUAGAGUUAUAUACAAACCAGCAGUGGUUGGAGUAAAAAUAACUCAUGACAAAAUACAGGAGAAACUCAUCAAUGAUUCAGAGAAAUUUGGUAUACAAUAUCCUUUAGCUUAUCACUGUAAUGAAUCAGAUUAUUUGUCUUGUCAUUUACUGGACGAUGGUGGUUUCUUAGUCUCAACUAACCAGGAAGAUUUAGUUCCCAAGAUUGGAGAAUUUUUUGGUAAAAUUGAUCCAAGUGUUAUGGAGAGAUUAUUGAAUGUUUCUGUAUAUAACAGAAACAAACAUUUGAAUUAUCAAGCAUCUUGUGUUAUCCGUGAUGAUGAUACUACCAGUGCUGGUUUUACUGCCUUUAAAAUUCCCUCCAUCAAUUUAUUAUUUGAUUUUCUAUCAGUGAACUGGUGGUCAGCUAAAUUUUCAUGGUUAUAUAUAAACUUCAAUAUUUACAAUUGGCUUUUCCCAGAACCAACUUAUGUAUACGGUGUUGAGGAUGAGAUACCAAAAGUAAAGACAUGUGUUCAAGUUAUGUAUCAGUAUUAUUAUGGUGAAGAAGAUAAAUAUGAUGAUAAUAUAAUUUGUGAUAAUUGUACAAGGAAAGUAAUAGCAGUAAGAUUAACAAAAAAUAAUUUGAUACUAGUAGUAACGGAUCCUAUAUGUCAGGAAUGUAGUAUGUAUAAACCAUUAUUACAACAACCCCAACAAGUCAGUGAUGAUGAGGAAGAUGAUGAAAUCUGUCAGUUAUCAGAAGAACCUCGGUACAGAAAACAUCCAAUGAAUUGUUAUGAUCAAGAUGACAGGGAAGAUGAAAGUAAAUGUGGAAGUGGAUCUAUAUUUUAUCAUAAUACAUUAAAUCUGCUUCUUUCUUGUUCAUUAAUGUUAUCUAUAGUCUGGCUACUCACUAACUCAGCCAGCUGAUAAACUACCCAAAUUACUAUUAUUAUUUUAAUUCCAUUUGAUUUUCUUCCCUUAAGUGCUGGAGGUUUUCCCAUUCCUAAUUGUUGGCUGUUGGAAUAUAAAAAACCUAAAUAUUUAGUGUUAGCCAACAAAUGUUUUGUUUUCAAGGAGAAUCAGCUCCUGUUGUCAGUAUUUAUUUUAGAAAUACUCUCUGGCAUCAAAUGUCAACCGCUGAUCAAAUUGUAAAUUUAUUAUUUAAAGUAUACUUUAGUAAUUUUUGUGACAGAUUGCCAUUGAAAUAUAUUAACUUGAUGUGAUACUGAAAUGUAACAUAAGUUUUUAAUCAAAUGUUAUUUUUAUUCAAAAGAUUAGCUACUCUGAAAUCAGUAUUUAUUUUCGAACAGUAGGCUAUAUGGUAUAAAUAACUUACUUAUUUUGUCUUAAAGUAUUAGUUUUCGUCUUAGAGAUUCAAAAUGUGUAAAUACAACUUUCUAUGUCGCGUCCAUGCCUUGAUGAAGAUGUGUAGUAUUUUCCUGAAGAUUUUGUAAAUUGAUAAUACUUUUCCAUCUGAUUAAGAGGAUUUUUGUUUGUUGUAUAUUUAAGAUAUUUGUCGAUAGGAUUGAAUUUUUUUAUUAUUAUUUUAUUAUUUAAAACCCAAAUUUCUCCCUUUGCACUUCAGCUUCACUUUUCAGGUUUUCUUCAAUUUAUUUAUCUUUUUUAUGAUUAUUAUUUUUGAGCAAUUUGCUUUAUUUACAUUUUAAUCAAUUUUGGAGAAAAAAAAAUCCUCAUGGCUUCCUUCAAUAUAUUUAAAAACCAAAUAGAAAAUUUAAUUGUUCCUUAUGGAUAUUGUACUGUGAUUUUGGAUGCUAAGUUAUACUGGUAUACAUAUUAGAUACUAUAAACAACAAAAUAUGUAUACCGGGUAUUAGUUUUAAAAAAAAUAGAAAAGGGUCAGAUUGAAUUUAAUUGUGUAGGCUGAAGAUUAUAAGAUGUGUUCUUUUUUUUGUCGGGGGGGGGGGGGGGGCUUAUAAAAUAUGAUAUACACCAUUUAAUUACAGUGUCACAUGUGCAAUAUAAAUUCUAAGAUUGGAUGGAUAAAAUCUCAACUUAAGUGCAAUAUAAAUUGUAUUAUUGAUAUUAUGAUUUUAUUAUAACCUCUUGAUAUAUGUAUGAUAAUGUGCAAUAUUGAUUUAUAGGAUAUAAGAUGAUACUGAUUGUGAAUAUUGAAUAUCCUGAAUUGUGAUAUAAAUUAUAACCUAAAAUAUUGGAUAUCAUCAAUUGUGAUAUAAAUUAUAGCAUAAAAUAAUAUUUGAUCAUAAAGUGUGAUAUAAAUUAUAACACAAAAUCUUGGAGAUCAUGAAUUGUGAUGUUAUUUAUAACAUAAAAUGAUAUUUGAUCAUAAAGUGUGAUAUAAAUCAUAACACAAAAUAUUGGAGAUCAUGAAUUGUGAUAUAGAUUAUAUUUAACAUAAAAUAAUAUUUUAUCAUAAAGUGUGAUAUAAAUAAUAACAUAAAUUAUAAACUAUAACCAAUUACAUUAAAGGCUGUUAAAGAACCUUGAAAUAAUACAGAUAUAAAUUAUAAUAUGAAAUAAUACAGAUAUAAAUUAUAAUAUGAAAUAAUACGAAAUACAAUGGAUGUGAUAUAAAAUAAAACCGGACAUGUUAAGUGCAAUAUUGCUUUAAACAUACAUUCUCAUAAUAUUUAUCAAGAAGAAUUCAAUAUAAAUUGUUAAACAAAGUCAAUAUUUGUAUCAAUUGUUUUCUUAGUUGUUCAGGAGAGCCAGAAACACCAGAUACAAGUUAUACAACCUUUUAACUAAUGAUAAACUUAUAUUUUUCUUAUUCUGAAAUGUUCCAGUGAAGUGCAAUAUGAAAUUUAAAAUAAGAUAUAUAUAUAAAAGAAUAUAAUUUUUUCAAUCAAAUAUAAUAUAAUAAAUUAAAUUAUGAUAUCUCUGAUAACACAGUCCAUUUAUCAGCAUACUGUUGACUCAAAAUUAGUUAUAUUGAUAUUAGUUAUAUUGGAAGUUAAAUGCCCAUUGGUGAACUUUUCGUGUGUUUCAGUGUUCAUGUAAACAUACAGCCCAUAUUAGUCAAAAAUAUUGGGUAAUUCUAAUCAUGGUUUUAGAAAAGGUUGGUUUUUGGAAUAAUUAUAUUAAUUAAAUUAAAUAUUAUUAUGAAGCUGAAUUAAAUUAAAUUCCCUCAUUGAGAAAUAAAGCUAGACAUUUUAUUAGUGGCCAAAAUUAGUCUCUGUAUGCACCAAGUAAGUGUAACAGCAUUACAAACACAAAAUACCUGAUGGGCAUUUAAUUGUUAUUUGAUGGUAUUAUUUAAUAUACAGUACACCUAGCAAUACAUGUCUCUUAUUCUGUGCCAGAUGAGUCAUAUAUUUUUAAAAGUCUACAGUACAGGCAAAAGCAACCCAAAGUAAAAUUUAUCUGUACCUACGAGUGAUAUGGGUGUAACUGUAUUAUAGGUUGUUUAUAGUUGGUUGUGGUGAAUUAUUUAUUAUGUAGAUAUAUAAAUUACCUAUUAAUUAUCUACUUAUUUAUUAACUGUUUGUUAUUUAUUAAGAUUACCAAAUAUUCUAUGUUACAUGUACAAAUAGUUGUUUAUUGUAAGAGAAAAUAUAAAGUUGUUGUCUGAUAUCUUUAUUUAACAAGACAAUGCCUGAUAUGCCUCAUUAAAAUAAAUAUUAAUUAAGGUACAGGUUUAUAUACGUUAAUUACAUUUAGCAUAAAUUUGCAUAAGUUUUGUUUCUUUUCUCUUUUUUGAAAAGGUAAAUAUUCUUCAGAUUUUGCCAAAAUUGAAACCCUGUAGAAGUAAAAUAGCUAACCAAAAAUUUAAUUUUUACUAUAUUUUUUUUUAUACAAAAAGAAUGUAUGUAUUUAUAAUUUUUGUUCCUUUUUUCCUAAUUUUCAAAUUAUAUUAACCUUUGUAUAUAUUGUUUGUUUUUUUAUAAUUUAGAAUUUUAUUACAUGUAAAUAAACUGAAUAUGUAACAUCCUUGUAUAUAGAAACAAAUCAUUUCAUUCUCCACAAACUCUUGCAUUAUGUGUUCUCAUCAUAUGUACGUCUCUCUUUGCUCAAUCAAUUUCUUCCUUUUUAAGUAUUUGUUCCUUGAUUGUGUGAAUAUUAUAAUCAAAAUGUAAUGUGUUCGAUUCUGAUGCCUUGGAAUGCCUAAUAAUCCUAGUACUGCAUUCUUGUUUAUAGAGUCCUUUAAAAACAUGGCUCAAAAAAAAAAAGGUAAAAUGAUGCCUUGAACACCUUAUUAGCCUAGUAUUGCAUUCUUCUUUAGAGUCCUAUGUAUACAUUGCAUCCAAAAAUAAUUAUGGAAUGUUCUGUAAUUAAAUUCUUUCAAACUCAUGAAAUGUGUCAAAUCGUGUAAACAAGAAGAAUUAGUGGCAACAAGGCAUGUGUCAAAUGCAUGUGUUAUUAUCUCUCCCAAUCACUAUUUCAGAAAGGGUUAUGUCACUAUUCUGCACAUGCUUAAUAUAUAUCUGAAAUAUUAUAUUAUGUCACUAUUCUGCACACGCUAUAUCUAUAAACCAGACUAGCUUAAUUAUGACAUGACCAAAUUCUGUGUCACUUGACACUUCAGGUGUAUUCACCUUGUGAAAUAUAUAUUUAUUUAAAACGAUGCAGUUCUGUUGAUAUUUUCUAGGAAACAACCACUGUUUAGUACACAAUUUAUUAUUUUUUACUUUUAAUAUAUUAAUAUAAACCCAUUUACAGACAUUUAAAAGUUUUAUUUUGGUAGUUUCAUGUCAAAAGGCUCUUUCUUUGAAUUUUAGUUAUUUAAAGAUGCUUUAUGUAAGAUUUAGAUAAAAGCUGACAGUUCUUGCUAUAAUAGUUAAAAACUAGAUAAUGAAAAGUGAAUACCUUUUAAGUUUCAGUCAAGUUGAGUGACGUUAGGGCUGUUAGGAGAAAAGCAGAGUCUCGAUUGUCAUUGCUACCAUUGUUACUAUAAUAACUAGUCUUGAUUAUCCAUUUUUUAAUUAAAUCAUUAACUGCCAAUCGUGUUUAAAUUUUUGGAAAAUUUAAGAGCAUCCUAUGGCACAAAGAGUGUUAAUAAAGGUCUAAUUAAUAAUUUAUAUAACAUAAAAUUUAUCAUUAUCUAAUAACAAAAUUAUACAAAACAUUAAUACGUUUAUACACUUAGUUAUAAUACACAUGUAUGGUAUUGUGCAAAAUGUAUUUUCAAAAAGAAAAAAUGUGAAAAAUUAAUUAAAAGCAUAAAGGAAUACUUUGUUAAAGGCUUGCUUGGCCAAGAAUCAUAACAGAAUCAGUAAAUGCUGAAAUGAAACACAUUAAAAUUUAAUGGUUUUCAUAUGUUGGAAAAAAAAAAAAAGCAUUUGGUGUGAGUGUGAUCAUCAUUUUGUUUGAAUAAUAAUAUUUGGCUUAUUUUUAAUUUAAUCAAUAUUGAUUGAAUAUUUUGAAUAUGUCUUAGUGGUUUAUCUUUUCAGCAUAUAUUGGAGAUUUUCUUAUAUAUUUAUCAUAUUUUCAUAAUAGCAUUUGGUAUUUGGUGAAUAUUUUGUAUUAAUAAUUUUUUUGAAACACUUUAAUCAUCUUUUUUUCUAAUUCUCUGCCCUUUUAAAAUAUAGUUUCAAUUAUAUUCAAUCCAUUUUUCUGACCUAAUUUUAAUGUGGUUGUAUAUUUCGUCGUCGCUCGUCAUGGUCUGCUAUUGGAGAAGCCUUUCAACUAUUUCUAAUGGUACUUGAUGAAACUUAACAAAUUUAUCACACAAUUUCUUUUAAAUUUAGGUAUGCAUUGUUUACAUUAUUAAGACAGACCAUUCCAUUUUCAUCUAUUUCUGAUAAUUAUAGUUAACCCCCUUCAUAGCUUUGACUGGAUUUCCUAAUUAUUUCUAGGAAUUGAACAGAAUUUCAGGUCUGUAAUUAGAUAUAGCAAUCUGAUGUUCAAAAGUUGAGGACAAUAUUGACAGAAUUAUUGUUAUUGCUUCUACUUGCUUCAAGAAAACAAAAGCAUUUAAUAUUUAUUAUUGCUUGGAUUAUUGUGUAGCUGCUAGUUGGCACAUGUUUAAUUUGAUGCCAGUAUUUUUAUUGCCAGUCUGUAUAUUGAAAUGAAUAGUUCUGUACAAGAUUUUGUCAUAAAAAUAUAUUGUAUAAUACCUACAAUAAAAACAAUGUUGAUACAAUUAAAAAUCAAUUUUAAAACUGAAUCUGUGAUUAAAAUUAAAUGAAGAAGAAAGGCUGAUAAAAAAAAAUUAGCUGUUUUGUUGGUAAGCCUUAACAUUCUUAAAUUAAAGAUACAUUAUGGGAGAUUCGAUAACGAGUUGGCAGUUCUCACUAUAAUAGUUAAAAACUAGAUUAUGUAAAGGCAAUUUGCUGAAAAUUUCAUUCAAAUUGAUCCGCUAUGAACCGAGAACUAAGCGGUUGAAAUUUCCGCGUAGUCUCGAUCAUCAUUACUAAAGUCAGUACGAUAAACAGCAUAGUCUUGAUUAUCCAUUUAAUCGUUAAAUCGUGAAGGAAAGUUAUGCAGUAAAUCGGCUCAUAAUCCACUAAAGAUCGCAGGCAAGCAUAACCAUCUAGAGUUGAUUAUGGUCUGGAUAGGUUAAUUAAUGUCUAAUUAAUAAUUUAGAUAACAUUUUAGGCCUAAAGAAAGACCUGCAAUAGACAGAUUUAGCUCUUGCAUAAUGUAUCUUUAAACUAAAUUAUAAUGUUAUAUAUGAGUUAUAAAAAAGUAUACAUCAAUAUGUUAUUUUCAGUACCAGUACAUACAUUUUAUUGUUAAAUUAUUUGCACCAGAUUUUUUUUGAUAAAUGCGUGUAUGUGUGUGAUUAGUUUUUAUAUUGAAUUCCUUAUAAAAUGCUUUCAUCUUUA